AUGCUUCCCACUCACUGCCUCUUGCUGCUGGUCAGCGCCUUGUUCCAAACCACAUUCGCUACCUACCAAUUAGUGCAAGACUACACCGGAGAUGCCUUCUGGCAAGGAUUUGAGUUCUUCACCGAAGCUGAUCCCACCGAUGGUCUUGUACAGUUUCAGUCAUUGGAACAAGCAAACGCCACCGGAUUGGCAGGGUUCAUCGAGUCUGGAAACUCAACUAUGGCGGUGUACAUGGGGGUCGAUACAGAAAAGGUCGCACCUGAAGGACGAGCCAGUAUUCGCGUCUCGUCCUCUCAAACAUUCCAGCAUGCCUUAGUCAUCGCUGAUAUUGCGCAUAUGCCGGGAGGAGUUUGUGGUAGCUGGCCAGCGUUCUGGAUGGUCGGGGAAAAUUGGCCGAACAAUGGAGAGAUCGAUAUCGUGGAGGGUGUCAACGACCAAAUCACCAACAGCAUGACAUUGCACACCAAUGAAGGUGUAGUAGUCAACAACGGCACCGACUUUUCAGGCGACCUAUUCACGGCCAAUUGCGACAUCAGUGCUCCGGACCAAGCAGCAAAUGCUGGAUGUUCGAUCGCCGAUAAUUCGAACUUGACCUUCGGAACCGAGUUCAAUGCUGCAGGAGGUGGUGUUUAUGCGACGGAAUGGACGUCCGAAUCGAUCAAGAUAUGGUUCUUUCCCCGCGGCAGCUUUCCUGACGACAUUGCCAGCAGCUCCCCGGACCCCGAUGUCAACUGGGGAACCCCAAACUCCAUCUUCCAAGGCUCAUUUGAUAUGGAUGAUCACUUCAACAACCUAUCAAUCACCUUCGACACCACCUUUUGUGGACAGUGGGCUGGGGCCAUCUGGAAUACUACUUCUUGCGCAUCCCUUGCGCCAACCUGUGAGGACUAUGUGGCCAAUAACCCUCAGGAUUUCACAGAUGUAUUUUGGGCUAUCAAUACGCUCCAGGUCUUUCAAGACAAUGGGCAGGGAUCAAAUGUGACGAACACCACGGGUGCUGGCGUGACUGCUAAUGUCAGACGCUCUCAACCGGCUGGGCCGAGAUCAGGCUCACAAGUAUUGCCCUUGUAUUCUUGA